UGAGAUUCUGAAGGAAGCCAUCUUCCAACGCAGCAAUGGCACCCACGCUUGCUACUGCCCAUCGCCGGCGCUGGUGGAUGGCAUUCACAGCCAUCAUUGAGAACCUGCUCUUCUCUGCUGUCCUGCUGGGCUGGGGGUCCCUCCUCAUCAUGCUGAAAGCAGAAGGGUUUUAUUCGUACCUGUGCCACGAGUCGGGAAACUCCACCAGCAGCCCUGAACAUGAGAACAGCACAGCCUCAGAGCACAAAUGGCCUUCCUGCAACGCCCAGGAUGAAAUGCUGAACUUGGCCUUCACCAUUGGGUCCUUCCUGCUCAGUGCGAUCACACUGCCCCUGGGAAUUGUCAUGGACAAAUACGGCCCUCGCAAGCUGCGGCUGCUUGGCAGUGCCUGCUUUGCUGUGUCCUGUGUGCUGAUCGCGUAUGGAGCCAGUAACCCGGACUCUCUGUCUGUGUUGAUAUUCAUUGCGCUGGCUCUGAAUGGCUUUGGUGGGAUGUGCAUGACCUUCACAUCGCUUACGCUGCCCAACAUGUUUGGUGACCUUCGUUCCACGUUCAUUGCUCUGAUGAUUGGCUCCUAUGCUUCCUCUGCUGUGACUUUUCCAGGAAUCAAGGUUAUAUAUGACUUUGGGGUCUCCUUCAUCCUUAUUCUACUUGUCUGGGCAAGCUGUGCAGGACUAGUAUUCCUCAACUGUUUCUUCAAUUGGCCACUGGAGCCUUUCCCAGGACCAGAAGACAUGGACUAUUCGGUGAAAAUAAAGUUCAGCUGGCUGGGAUUUGACCACAAAAUCACUGGGAAGCAGUUUUACAAGCAAGUAACGACUGUGGGGCGCCGUCUCAGUGUGGGGAGCUCCAUGAAGGGCCCCAAGGAGCCGACAGCCUUGCAAGAGAACAACAAGCUCUGUCUGUCUACAGUGGACCUAGAAGUGAAGUGCCAGCCUGACAACGCAGCUUCUCCCUCCUUCAUGAAGAGUGUCUUCAGUCCUAUCUUGUUGCUCAGCCUUAUCACAAUGUGUGUCACUCAGCUACGGCUCAUCUUCUACAUGGGGGCCAUGAAUACCAUCCUUGAGUUUCUGUCUGGAGAUGAAGAUCAAGUGGCUCUCUACACGUCCAUUUUUGGAGUAUUGCAACUGCUGUGCUUGCUGACAGCGCCUGUGAUCGGGUACAUCAUGGACUGGCGGCUGAAAGACUGCGAUGAUGGCUCAGAAGAGCAUGAGGAGAGCAACGCUGAUCCAAGUGACAAAAAAAAGAAAAAACGUGAUCGCCAGAUCCAGAAAAUCACCAAUGCCACCAAUGCCUUUGCAUUCACAAACGUCCUGUUGGUUGGAUUUGGAAUCACCUGUCUCAUUCCUAAUCUACCGUUGCAGAUUCUUUCCUUCAUUUUGCACACAAUCGUGAGAGGAUUCAUCCACUCAGCUGUGGGAGGCCUCUAUGCAGCUGUGUAA